AUGCGUCGGUUUAAUAUCAGCAGAAACCAAUUUGGCAACAAUGCCUUUGUUCGCCAGGGCGGCAUCUACGAUAACAAACAUCUGCCUCAAUCGGCUCCAACUGCCAUCUGCGUUGUUCCUUAUCCCCGCAAUGAAAAUCUGGUCCGUCGUCCAGAUCUCAUGAACGAGCUCAACACGCUCCUACCGCAGGCAUCGACAGGUUGCCGUAGCGCUGCUCUCUGCGGUAUAGGCGGGUCAGGGAAAUCGCAGAUUGCGCUCGAAUAUGCAUAUCAGCGGUUUCAUCAUGAUACGGACUGCUCUGUCUUUUGGGUAAAUGCCCAGAAUGAGGCAACUUUUCUACAAGAUUAUAAGACAAUCGCGCGAAGAUUUGAUAUAUGUGAGAUCUAUCUCACAAGCAUAGAGCUAUUGAGGGCUGUUCGCGUCCGAAUUGAAGCACAGCCAAAUUGGGUGCUUAUCCUCGACGAUGCUGACGACUUGCGACUAUUUGAUGUCAAUCAAGAAGCAGAGCAGACAAGGAACUUGGUUCAGUACAUCCCUCGGGCAUCUAAUGGAACAGUGUUGUGGACUUCUCGCGAUGCCCAUGUUGCGUGUAUACUUGCAGGUCCAACACGGCACAUUGAGGUUGCCAGCAUGUCAUCCAAUGAAGCAAAAGAGCUCUUGAGAAUCACCAGAAAUCUGGGAAAGAGUACGGAAGAAGAAGGAGACGAAGACGAAGACGAAGCUGAAACCACUGCCUUGUUAGAGAAGAUUGGGUGGUUUCCAUUGGCCAUUACGCAACUCGGUGCAUUUAUGAGACAGACGUCAAAAUCAACCAAGGAAUGCUUGUCUUCAUUAGAGCGAGGCCAGAAAAACUGGGAUACCUCAACCGAGGGUAUCGGGAAGACGCAAGUUGCCCUGGAAGCCGCCUACCGUCUCCAUGCCGAGCAUCCAAGUUGCUCUAUCUUCUGGGUGUCAACCAAAGAUGCAAUCAGUUUUGAAAACGCUUACUACGAUAUUGGCAAAAAACUCAACAUCGAAGGAAUUGACGAGGACGAAGCUAACAUAAAGCUGCUUGUUCAGACUGCCUUGAAUAAAGAAAGCAGCGGAACCUGGCUCUUGGUCAUCGAUGAUGCGGAUGCUUUAGAGACGUCUAGACUCUCACACUAUCUACCGUCCAGUCCAAAUGGCUCGAUUUUAUUUGUACAACAGAAGCUUGAGACACCAGUCAGGCUUUAUAUCCCAGAAGAAAGCAUCUUCCGCAUUGAAGAAAUAACCUGUGACGAAGCUCUCAACUUACUACAAAAGUGUCUAAAAGAAGCCCAGAAGGUAGAGACAAGCGACAUACAGAAGUUGUUUAACUUCUUGGAUAAAUUGACAUCGGGUUACGAGAGACGGCACCGUUUGGAGGAAGCCCAAAAGCUGGAGACGGAGCUCGUAGAAGCUCGUACGGUGAUAUUUGGAGAUGAAUCCUACGUUACACUGGCAAGAAUGGACAACCUGGUGCGGAAGUUUCAGAACCGUGGCCAGUGGAAAGAUGCUGAGUUCUUGGAACUGCGGAUAAUAGAGUCUCGCAAAAGGAGCCUUGGAGCCGACGACGAGCGCACGCUUGCUAGUAUGGAGGGUCUAGCACUCAUAUACAAGAAUCAGGGCCGACAAGAGGAAGCUGACAAGCUAUAUAUGUUGACACGCGAGACUCGCAAAAGGAAACUAGGACGCCUUGGGCAAAGCAAAUCUUUAUCUUUGACGAGCGAACCAAAAGACUUGGAAGGAGAUUCUGGAUAUGGACCCGCGUCACGGCGAGCGACCCCAGCGGCGCCUUCAGUAUCUGACCUUCAGAAUGGUAUCGACGAUGUCGCAUCACCGAAGAAAUCCGAAGUGAAAAAUGAAAUAUCAGUGCAACUGGACGACACUAUUAGGUCUGUCGUUACUGAAAGUGAUGAUAUCAGAUCACAAAUCCCCGAUGCCUCCACCAAUAAAGGAAUGACUGGCGAUGCACUUAUUAGCGCGUUUCUAGCCGAGCAGCCACAAUUCGAAACUCUAUGUGAGAAGGCCUUGGAUAGAAUGAAUAGAGAGGUUUUCAUCAAGAACAUGAGCCGGCUACUCGAGUCAUUUCAUAAAGGGCUGGCAGCAGAAGCCAAAUCCGGAGCCGAAAGGGCUGCCACUGGGCUGCUACGAAGUGAGAGAAGCAGAAGACAAAUCAGCGAGCAGCUUGCAGCACAUAUUGAUAUGAAACAAGAAGAAGCUCGAAAGUUCUAUAAAAAGGACUCGGUAGUUUCACCAUCAAACAUACAACGUGUCGAGAGAUGGCCUUCGCAAGCAGUUGGGUCCUUGAGGGCUGGAUACGUGCCAGCGGUCGAUCGCAGCCGAGACCGCGACCCAAGUCGUCUUAUUUCGGAGAUGGAUUCCAAAAAUACCAAUGAGCCAUACAGAUUUCCUCACAUCUCAAAGCUGAAAAUAUUUCUAUCAGAAUCCAAGGCAUUCCAACGCCUCCAAAUGCAAUUCACCUUGAUGUUUUUAUCCGCUGAUUUGAGGCACAUGCUUCAGUCAAUACCAAAGGAGAACAUCUGGCUAUCACAAGAACAAGACGUCUCAACCUCUGACCGACUCAAGAUAUUAGUAGAGAACACUACCGGAGUAACCGACGAAGACUAA